AUGAGAUCAUUGGGCCAAAACCCAUCUGAGAGUGAAUUAACUGACAUGAUUAAUGAAGUUGAUGUUAACAGUGAUGGAUCUGUUGAUUUCCCAGAAUUUCUUACCAUGAUGGCUAGAAAAAUGAAGGACACUGAUUCAGAAGCCGAAAUUGCAGAAGCGUUUAAAGUAUUCGACAGAAAUGGCGACGGCAAAAUCAGCGCUGCUGAGUUGAGACAUGUCUUGACUUCUAUUGGUGAAAAGUUGUCAGAUGCCGAUGUAGAUCAAAUGAUCAAGGAGGCUGACACUAAUAAUGAUGGUGAAAUUGAUAUCCAGGAGUUCACUCAAUUGUUGGCGGCACGUUAA